CGACAAUUUAGAAACGCACCGGUUUUAUUUUAACAGGAAACGACGGAGAAGUUCUGGACUGCAAACUGGGCAUUCAAGAUACAAGAAACGCCUGAAAAUUGCACCUACCGUCACUACAAGCGACGCUGGUUGUACAAAAGCCACAACUAACGAUAAAUCACUUAAGACACCAAUCAAUGCUAAUACAAAGGCUAUCAGAAGUGCUAGGAAAAAUGCACCAAAGAAAAGAAAAAAGCCAAAAAUUAGAAAAACAUUGUUUGAACAAUCACACAUACACGUCGCACGAAACAGGGGACAAUUACAAUGGGCAGCAUAGGGCGCAAUCAGCAUUAUAACGUCAGAAACGACAAGCGUUACAUUUUGUCAAGUUUAGUCAACCUAAAAAUAAGAUGCUUUAUUCUUAUCCAAUCCUGGUGAAAUUCACAGAGCAAGAAGAUCUCGAGGACAAUAUUUCUAAAAUGUUUUUGAUUUUUGAAAAACGGUCAGGAAAUCCACUCGGGGCGUUAGUAAAAAUUGAUAUGUAUGGGAUUUGUGGUAAAAAAUCGAUGUGUUACAUUUUCAAGUCUCUAAAAGCAACUCUUAUUCUCUUAUUAUUUGAAAAAUAAAGAAAUCGGUUAUUGUUUUGUAAAUUUCGCCAUGACAAUAUUGUGCAGUUAAAUUUUUUUUGAAAUCAGACCUAAAUUAGAAGGUUAAAUAAAGGUAAACUUAUUGCUUGUCUCCUUCGCCUUCAAAACCUUACACAAUUUUGAAAAUCUUAAAAGCGUUCAUAGAAGACGAUUUGAACUGUAGCCGCUAGGCAAUUGUGACGUCAUAAAAGCACAUGUUUCAAUGAAUAAAAUGUGAAAU